AACUUCACUGUGGGGGUUCAAGGUUCCGCCUUUACGUUCUCCAUAGUUUCUCUACAGCUGUGAGGAUAGUAUAUAUAUUUUAUCUAUCUAUACUUUUUUAUAACCAGGGAUCAAUAAAGAGGUAUAUUAUUUUAACUGAAACGUGAGAUAUGGCUGGACGGUUACCUGCUUGCGUAGUCGAUUGUGGCACAGGAUACACAAAACUUGGAUAUGCUGGCAACACAGAACCACAAUUUAUUGUUCCGUCAUGUAUCGCCAUCAAAGAGUCAGCCAAAGUGGGAGACCAGGCCCAGCGCAGAAUGAUGAAGGGAGUGGAUGAUUUGGACUUCUUUAUUGGUGAUGAGGCCAUAGACAAACCAAACUAUGCAACAAAGUGGCCAAUUCGUCAUGGCAUCGUGGAAGACUGGGACCUGAUGGAAAGAUUCAUGGAACAAGUCAUUUUCAAGUACCUGAGAGCAGAACCUGAAGACCAUUACUUCCUCUUGACGGAACCUCCUUUAAACACACCUGAAAACCGGGAGUACACAGCAGAGAUAAUGUUUGAGUCUUUUAAUGUUCCAGGACUCUACAUUGCUGUUCAGGCUGUUCUCGCUUUGGCAGCCUCCUGGACGUCUAGACAAGUGGGGGAGAGAACACUGACUGGGACAGUCAUAGACAGUGGUGAUGGCGUGACCCAUGUUAUCCCUGUGGCAGAGGGGUAUGUGAUUGGAAGCUGUAUAAAACACAUACCCAUUGCUGGACGGGACAUCACAUACUUCACCCAACAGCUCCUAAGGGAAAGGGAGGCGGGAAUUCCUCCUGAGCAGUCCUUGGAGACAGCUAAAGCCGUCAAGGAACGAUUCAGUUAUGUGUGUCCAGAUUUAGUAAAGGAAUUCAACAAAUAUGACACAGAUGGGUCCAAAUGGAUGAAACAGUACACUGGCAUCAACUCCAUUAGCAAGAAGGAGUUCACCAUUGAUGUGGGUUAUGAACGCUUCUUGGGCCCAGAGAUCUUCUUCCAUCCAGAGUUUUCUAACCCUGACUUCACCCAGCCCAUUUCUGAGGUUGUGGAUGAAGUAAUUCAGAACUGUCCCAUUGAUGUCAGACGUCCUCUUUAUAAAAACAUUGUCCUUUCUGGUGGCUCAACUAUGUUCAGGGAUUUUGGCCGUCGGCUGCAGCGAGAUUUGAAGAGGACAGUCGAUGCUCGAUUAAAAAUGAGUGAAGAGCUUAGCGGUGGGAAGAUAAAACCAAAACCAAUUGAUGUGCAAGUACUAACCCAUCAUAUGCAGAGAUAUGCCGUUUGGUUUGGAGGAUCUAUGUUAGCUUCAACUCCGGAGUUUUAUCAAGUCUGCCACACCAAAAAGGACUAUGAGGAAAUCGGGCCCAGUAUUUGCCGCCAUAAUCCUGUGUUUGGAGUCAUGUCUUAAGUGCUGACCUUUGCACUUGUAUGCUUUGGUUGGGUGUAUCUGAAUGGGUCACUUUUGUUUAAAAGAAUAUUAUUAUAUGAAUUAUGAAACAAAUACAGCCCAUAUGCAUUAAAGCUUUAAAAUUGUACCUUUUUUAAUGUUUCUAAGCAAAAAAAAAAAAGUUUUUUUUUCUUUUAUAUUUUCAGAGCAAUGUGUGGAAUAACAAGAAUGAUAAAAUUGUUGAUAAUUUGUAAACCUUAUGGUUAUAGGUUUUGGAUAUAGUUCGGAAUGUUAUAUGCCCAAAUUUUUGUGUUGUUAUCCAGAUUGUUGCAUAUGAAUAUAUUUUGACAUCUGUCUUGUUUAUAUCUGAAUGAAAUGUACAAAAAAAUCUUGUUUAUAUUUCUUAAGUUUCAUAUGUAAAGCUGGGUGAUUUCAGGAAUUAUAAUAUAAUGUCAACAAAGUAACACUGUUAACCUGACUUGAACAUUUAUUUUUCUUUUAUGACUGUGGAGUAGCUGUUAGUCACCCUUUCUCUGUACUCUUGUCCCUGCUUAAGAGCUUUCCUUAAAGGCAAUAUUAUUGAUAAUUUAUAAUUGGUAUUACAUAACAGUGACAAUAAUAAUGAUUUGAAUUGUUGGACCGGCAUUUUCUUAAAGGUGCAGAAUAAAUAUUGUGCACUUAAUUUCUCACAGCAUUGCAAAACUGGAACACACAUUUUCUACCUGUUUAUAAAAUUGUUUUUCUCUUUCCACCACUAUUGUCACUUUGGAGAAAAAAAUAAACUGCAACUGUAAACACA